AUGAAACGGAAGCUGGACGACAGCGCGAAAGAGCCGAAUAAAAGCAGUCGGUACAGCACGAGGGCGACAACGCAGGCAGCGGCCGCGGUGGUCAAUCGCGGCCCCGUGGCGGAUCAGAGAAAUAACACCAACCACGAGGAAGCGACGACGCUGCCGUCGGCACUGGAGUUGCUCGGUGCGUACCGCACCGUGGUCCAGGAGCUAAGAGAAGCCAUCAAAGGCCAGAACGAGACCGUCCGCGCGCAGCAAGAAGCGAUCCGCGAGUUGAAAGAGGCGGCUGAGGAGCAGCACACUUUGAUUCGUGAUUUGACCCAACAACUACAAAAUAACCAAAAACAGACAGCCGACGACCUGAAGCGCGUUCAUCAGCAACUUGAAGCCAUCACGACGACCACCGUCUCUACCCCGCAGAAGAUCAUUUUCGGCCUCGUCAAGGGUGCCAAGAGCUGCGUUCACCUAAGCUUUGAUCUCUGGACUGCUUCCAACGGGUUCCACUACAUCGGUAUUGUCGGGCACUUCGUUGACGGCGAAGGCAAGAAACAGGAUGUCCUCCUGGGACUACCGCGCCUCAUUGGCCCGCACUCUGGCGAAAAUAUGGCCUCCUACGUCAAGGAGGUCAUUGACAAGUACGAAGUAGGCUCUAAGCUUGGAUAUUUUAUGCUCGAUAAUGCCGAAAGCAACGAUACUUGCCUGGAGGCGCUUGCAAGGUGGUUUCCAAUGGACGUAAGCAGCCGCCGUCUGCGCUGUAUCGGCCACAUUAUUAACCUAGUUGUUCGCGCCGUCAUUUUCGGGUCCAACGUCAGUAAAUUCGAGGCUGCGCUUCGCGAAGCUACAGAUGAGUUCAGUUUUGACAUCUGGGCCAAGAAGGGAUCGAUCGGAAGGCUCCAUAACCUCGCUACCUACAUUCGCCGAACGGACCAGCGGCGACAGGCACUGCGACAACUGCAGGCUGAGAUCGCAGGGGAUGAUGCCAUUUUCACGUUGGAGAUUGUUGUCGAUGGCAAGACGCGCUGGAACUCUAUCUAUAUGAUGAUUGAGCGCGCACUCGAACUACGAGCUGCUAUCGAGCUGUAUCAAUCUCGAUGGCAGAUACCAAAACACGAUCCCGGCCACCGUGACCUCUCAAAGGACUUUCUCACCGCUAUGGAUUGGGUUGAGCUGCAGCGCUUUUACGACUUUCUGAAACCGUUUUACAUCCUAACCAAGACCAUGGAGGGCAAUGCCAGCACGCCAGGAGCGGAGGGCGGCCAUGGCGCCGUGUGGGAAACGCUGAAGACCAUGGACUAUCUGUUUGUCAAGUUUAGGCAGGCUGCAGAUGACACCCGGUUUGAGGAAGCCUCCCAUUUCAAGUCGGGAAUUGACUGCGGAUGGGCAAAGCUCGAAGACUAUUACGUCAAAACAGAUCGUACACCAGUCUAUAGAGCCGCGCUAGCACUUCACCCAUCCUAUGGCUACGACUACUUUGAGCGGCAUUGGAAAGUCGCAAUGGAUAAGCCCCAAUGGUACAACGACAUGCAGUCCGCUGUGGGUACUUUGUUCGACGAAUACGCCCGUCAGGCUGAAGUGGAAACGCAGGCGCAAGCAGGGCUUUUGGAGAUUGAUGGUUGUGAGACCGAUGCUGAAGUCGACGAUUACAGUUCCUUUGGGAAAAGGUCACUACGCUCCUUGAAUACGCAGCGAAAGAAAACCAAGACGGUCAGCGAGCUCGACUUAUUUCAGACGCGAGCCAUUUACCCACAGGAUCUGGACGUUGCAGACCCGAUCCAAUGGUGGAAUCGGCACCAAUUGGAAUAUCCUGUCCUGUAUCGAAUGGCACUCGAUCUGUUCUCCAUUCCAGGCAUGAGCGCCGAAUGCGAGAGAGUGUUCAGCCAGACGAAGAAGAUGAUUACGGACGAGCGUAACCGGCUAGCACCAAAAGUAAUCGAGGCAGAUCAACUGCAAAAGCACUGGCUCAUGAGGGGGUUGGUAGUGUAG